AAAAAAAAUCUUUUUUUCUCCUGUUAAUCAGUCGAGUUGCUAAACAUGUACGGUGCAAAGGCAACUUCAACUAUUAUAAACACCGUUGCUAGACAAGGUGUGCUUACAAAGCAACUUACAGCACCUAAAUCAGCCGCUUUUCUUACUCAACUACCCACUCGCCAUGUGUCAGCUGGAAAGAUCUCUUAUACAACCACAAGUAGAUCGACCCAUUUCAGUCAAAAAUCUGUUCAACAUAACCAAGAAAAUCAACAACAGCAACAUCAACAACUAGACGAAUCCUUGAUCCUUCAAGGACAAUUACGUACUGCUUGGAAACAUAAAAGACCCCCUUUGACAGAUCCUGCUCAAGUCGACGGUCGCAUUCUUCAAGCUGCUAAAGAAAACGACCUGCACACUGUCAUUUCAACCUUUACACAAGGAAAAUCUUUGGCAGGUGCACCCUUGUCUUCACAGACAUACGAAGCUGUCAUCGAAGCCUAUGGAAAGUUACGCAGACAGAAUCAACCUUUGACACCCAUGAUGGACGCAUAUAGACAGAUGAUUGCCUCUGGAGCACGUCCUUCUUCGCACACCUACGCUCUCUUGAUUCGAUCACUCUGUACAAGAGAUUCAGAAGUUCAAAAAACAGUGGGUAUGCUUCGUCGUCAGAUGGCUCGUACAGGCAAUGCAGUGGACAACCUGUCAGAUUUAGAAAACGAAAAGAACAUGGAACAGGCCUUGGACUUGUUCGAAAAGGCUGUCAAGGAAGAAUGUACCCAAGACUUUGAUGUGGACCUCUACAACCGUAUGCUUCAAAACCUUUCGUUCAAGGGAAACACAGAGCGUGGUAUUUAUAUCUUGAAACAUCUUGAAGGCGAUGGUAAUGCUAAGCCCAAUGGCGUUACUUUUGCUACUCUUUUGUCUCUGUUUGGUGUUGCAGGCGAUCUUCCUGCUGUUCGUGAAUGCUUCUUGGAAUACAAGUCACUCGAGAGAGAGCUUCCCUCUCAUGAUCCUGCUUAUGUCUAUAAUGCCCUUGUAUCAGCAUAUGUGAAUGCAGGUGACCUUGAUGGUGCUUUGAAUAUUGUGCAGAAUGUCAUGACCAACGAUGGCAUCAAAGUUAGCAUCGUUCCAUACAACAAGAUCUUUAGACGUGCCUGUGUUGAUAACAAGCUGGAUCUUGUAGAAUCUAUUCUAGCCGCUUUAGAAAAUGAUUCCAAGCUCCCCAAACCAAAUGGAUCGACUUACGCUGUCGUAUUAUCUGCUUAUGCCCGUAAGAAGGACUUUGACAAGGCUGCUCAGGUGUACAGCAAGUUGCUGAAAUGCGAUAUUUCAAAGGAAUAUGGUCACUUGGCAGACUACGCAUAUGCAUGUAUUGGUAACAACAAGCCCGAGAUUGCGAUCCAGGUUGUGCAGGAUAUGGUCACUCAUGGGCUCAGACUUGAUCUCACCCUCUGUCAAAAACUCUUUGCAUCUUUUGUAAACAAUGGCAAACUCGAAGAUGCAAUCAGUUCAUAUCAGAAAACUAUGGAUGCCUAUGCUCAAACACACUUUGUCGACAAGAGUUCACCCAUUGCCAGCCUCGGCCUUGAAUUGGCCCUCAAGUGUACCAACCUGAAGCAAGCUUUAGAAGUACUCGAGAUUUUGAAAAGGUACUCGGUAGGACCUAACCCUGUUGUAUCUUCUACUAUCUACAACAUGUACAAGAAGGCCAAGACAAAUAGCACUGAGUGGGAAACGAUCUCCAAGGAACUUUCUCCUCUUUCUUUCACAGUCUUGUACGAUGCCAUCUUCCGCAAACAGUCCAUACCAGAUGAUUUCUGCAAGACUGCCUUUGAACUCUUGGAAGACAUGCUUUCCCUUGGCAUCUCACCGACGCCUAGCCUUUACAUUCGUGUGCUAGCACGUAUGCAAAAGUAUGGUGUCCCCCCCGAAUAUGAAGAGCGCUGGAAUCGUCUAUUCGGCCCUUAUAUACCUCCUCUUCCAGAGAACGCCAACAGCCAACAAGAUACCGAAUCUUCCAAUACAAACGACAACAUGAACACCUCGACACAAGAUGGCCCAACAAACAAGAUUGAACCGAUUAAUAAGGUGACCGUAGAAUCUGAAAUGCUUUCAGGCAAAGCUCUUUCAAAGGCAUUAGAGGGUAAAUACGAUGAAGCAAUUGAUAUUUUACAGAGCCAGAUCAUCCAAAAAGGACAGAUUCCUUCGCCCGAUGUCAUUCGUGAUAUAAUCCAAGUAUGCACCAAGUACCAAGAUUUAGGAGCGAUCAACAAAAUCUACUCAACCGUGAUUGAAUCCGUACAGAAACUCGAACACCACACCCGACAGCGCGGUCUGCAUACGAUUUAUAAUGCUAUGUUGGUCUCUAAUGCUCGUCUGUCCAGCAUCGACCAAGCCAAAGCCUUUUAUUCAAAAAUUCGAGACCUCAAUAUGUACCCUACUGGUGAUGCCUAUGGCUGCUUGCUCCAACACCUGCAACCGAACGAUUCAGAGGAUAGUAUGGAUAACCUUGCUGCUGAUGCCCUGACAAUCUAUGAAGAAGCCAAGAAGAACAAGGUUGAACCUACCGUAUACAUGUACAAUGUGAUCCUGUCAAAGCUUGCCAAGGCGCAACGAUUAGAUUCUGUAUUGACUCUGUUUAACGAAAUGCGUCAGGUGGGUAUCGUACCUAACUCUGUGACAUAUGGUUCUGUCAUCUCUGCUUGUGUCCGUUGUCAAAAUGAAGAAUUGGCAGUGAAGUACUUUAAUGAGAUGACUGUCUCGCCAGGAUAUAAGCCUCGUGCUGGUCCUUUCACCUUGAUGAUACAGUUUUACAUGCAAAAUCAGAAUAGAGAAAAGGCCUUGUAUUACUAUAACCUUGCCAAACAGCAACGAUUGAAUAUAUCUGAUCAAGUUCAUGGAAUGUUUCAACAAGAGACGUCUCAGUAAAAGCAUAGAAUGAUUUUCUUAUUAUUAUUGUUAUUAUUAUUUUGGAUGUAAAUAAAGUGUUGUAAAUCAUGUCA